GUGCUGUUUAAAUCCAUAAUGUUACCGAUAAAAGAAUAAUACCUGAAUCCCACAUGAUUAUCUCGAAACGAAACUUGAAAAUCGCGAUUCUUCAUCACGCGUCUCGUGAAACUUUAUUCACGAGACUUCACCCUAAAACCCGAGCCUGACCAUUUCUAUUUCUCAAUAAAAAGGGCUCCUUCUUCCUCGCCAUCUCAUCUCAUCUUUAUUGACGAUCCCCAUUUGAAGAAUGUUCUUUGACAGUGAGCAAAUCCAUCCGACGAUACCUAACGUGAAAAGUCAACCCUUUGCGAACCCUGUUCAGAACUGUUUGGAUAAACAAAAUUGGAAGAACCACCACAUUCCACACUUGAAAUCGACAUUCGUAUCGAGAGAAUUCAACUUAACUUAAUUCGGCACAGACCUAAAAACGAUUGUUCGGAUAUUCGCACGGCGAUAGGCAUUCGGUCUGAAGUUUACCCUAGAAAUUUACUCCAGGGUUAUAAAUUAGGGUAAGCCACAUAUGGCUGCCCCUAUCGUUUAUGAGGGGGCUAUGGCCACCAAAGAGCCACCACGGAAUGGCUUAUUUAAAAAUAUGAAAUUCUGGGUAGGACACAGAGUCCCACAACGCCUUAACUGGGUUCAAGGCAUUCAAAAUAAUGGGGGUAAAGUGGUUCCACUUGAAAAGAACGCCGAUUAUCUCAUAGCCGAUGAUGCUAGGAAAGAUGGACCUUUAGGAUCAUAUUCUUAUAAGUUUAUCGAUGAAUCCAUCAAGGCUGGCGUUCUUCAAAAUUUAGAAAAUUAUUUAUGUUCAUCGGCUACCCGCCAGCCCAAGACCACGGAAUCUCAACCUACUAGUUCGAUCUCAGCUCAAAAAACCACGAGAAGGAAGUUCACCGACGAAGAUGACUCCAUCCUCAUGCGCUGGGUUAUCAAGCAUGAGCGACAGGGUAAACACACAUUCGGAAAUGAGAUAUACAAGAGCCUCGAAGCUAAGUAUCCACAACAUACGUACCAAUCUUGGCGAGACCGUUGGGUUAAGAAAUUACAAUACCUUCCGCGACCAGAAGUCACUGACGAUGAGCAAUCGCCUCGCCCUUCUAAACCAGUGGUGCAGAGCUCUCCGGCGCGUCCAUCUCCAGCAGGUACACAGCAGGUCCGUAGAGAGGAACGCGUGUCUACCCAAAGUCCUGCCACCCGUCGAGCUAGAGUUGAGUUUACCGAAGAUGAUGACGAGAUUCUCAUCAAGCAUAUCCAAGAGUGCAUUCGUCUAGACAAGCCUCUCCAGGGAAUUAAGAUUUUCCGCGAUCUGGCUAAUGAUUUUCCGCAGCACUCAGAACAGUCUUGGAGAGCUCGCUGGAUAAAGCAACUUACGCCGAAGCUUGAAGAUAAGAUUUCUCAGUGGCAGUCUGGUAUCAUACCAGGAGAUGAGGCACCAGAGGAGUCGCAAGAAGCACGACCGAAAUCGCCCACGGAGCAAGACACAGAUAAAGGCCGUGAACCCCCUGGGACCCCAGUACGGCGAGAGACGCCCCGAACACAGCCAUCCCCACAUGCCGCUACAACUCCGUUGAGGCCUAUUGAGGCAAACACGCCUCACACUUCACGUACCUCAAAUAAGAAAUCAAAUCAAGCCGUUACCCCCGCAAACGGGACCAACGUCGCAGAAAGUGAAAAUGAAAAUCAUAGACAACCACGUAUUGCCGAGACCCCGACGAAAGAUCCCCGGGCUGAGACUAAUGAACCAGCUGAAGCAUCUCCCUCGUUUGAACAACUUAACUCUAACGACAUGUCCAUGAGGGGACAAUUCUAUCGUGAUUAUAGAAUGUUCCUACCAGAGCACGAAGCCUUAAUCCCCUGGCAUACCAUAAAGGGGCGUACUUUCGAAUUAUGGGAUUUGUGGCAAGCUAUUGUCGCUCAAAAGAUGGAGCCUAGCGAACGCGAUUGGCACCUGAUCGCAGAAACGCUCGGUUAUGACUGGGUCUUGCAUGAUACUGUCCACGAUGAACUCCGGAAAUGCUACGACGAUUACCUCGCUGCCUUCGAGGACUAUUGUAUAGAAUUCACCAAUGCGGUUAACGCUUCCGAUGCUAGCGAUGACGACGAAGAGGGAGAGGAAGACGGUCAAGCUUCAGAAGUACCGCUACCUUCGUCGCCACCAGUUGUACCUUCUUUGAAACGAUCGUUUGAUACCCACCGUUUAUCCUCCGAUCAUGCGUACCCAGAGUCCUCCCCCAAGCGACGAAAAAUCGCUCGAGACACAGAGAUCCCAUCCACACCCGACACCGUGAAUGGAACGUCUAGAUUACGUCGUCAAUCUGGUGUUGAUGAGACUCCUACCGUUAGGCGGUCGGUGUUACCCGUUAUAGAUGACGAGACAGAAGAGAAUGAAUCUCGAGAUAUAAUCCAGGACUUACCUACACUGCCUCGUGCAGGUAAGAAGCCAGUAGAGCCAGAAACGCAGGAUUUUAGAUUUGAUCCAGAGACUCAAAACGUGACAUUCGAGACUCAGGAGAACGUUGAUAUGGAAUCUCAAUUCAACAUCACGCCAUCGCAACAACUCCGCCAGGAAUCGGAUGCCGUAUCUAUAGAAGAUGAAGCCGCUUCCCCUACGCCGAAAGCUAAAACGCGAAAUGCCAACCCCGGAUCAUCUAUUCUAAGAAAACGCGCUCGGAACCCCUUCCGACAGGAUUCCGACGACGAGACAUCGGGGCCCCCAGAAUCCAAUCAGACUAUUAAUAUCCCUACCGAUACAGCUAUCGUGAUAAAAGCCAAACGCCGCUCGUUGCCCAAGUCAUUUACUCAGAGAAAUUCGCCCGCUCCUGGUCCCUCCACUGCGAUUUCUCCUAGAGAACAAGCCCAACCUCGACCAAUACAUCGGCCUGUACCUGUACGAGAAACGCCAGACGACGUCAUUGAUCGUUUUGGUUCUCUUGGUUAUCCAAGAGACAUAGUGCUCCGAGCCUUACGAGCCACGACGUGGCGUCUCGGUGAUGCUGGCCACGUUAUGGAGAAACUUAAACGAGGGGAGGAAUUACCGCAGAAGACACAUGGAGUUUGGACGCAGCGCGACGAUGAUACCUUACAGUUAAUAACUUCGGCUGAACCCCCCAAGGACGAGAAGGAGGAGAGGAAACGCGCAAGAGCACGUAAACGACUAGAGUUGAAGCAUGGUCCAGAAUUGAUGGAGCUUAGACGGAAGUAUCUGUGGGAAGGCGUAUGAGAUAAAGUUUAGUUAGGUGCCUUACAGAUUAUACCCUAGGAAUAUAUCAGCGUCAAUAUUUG